GACACCCCUUUCUCUUUGAAGGUACUAUCAAUACUUCUGGGACGAGGAAUUCCAUAUGUGGCCUUUCAUUGUAGUCGCUAAUGAGCAGAUGUGAGACCACUCAGGUGAAAAGAUCCACCAUCUGGCUAUCUCGAGGAGCGAGGACAUCCGGGGAGGAAUGCACUUUGCAUCAUCUCCAGAGCUGCCUCGAGUCCCUGCAAUCUGUGACAAAGGGGAAGGACCUGGCACUCGUCACCACUCGCCAGGAGCUGCUGCACGUUUGCAAAACCUUGAAAGAGAGCGUCGUUUGUGUGGAUGAACAUAUGAGAAACUGCUUCACUUCAACUCAGAGACAAGUAUUCAAUCAGGUGGUGGCAGGCGCCAGGCAGUUUCUACUAGAGCUGUGUGUACCAGGAUCUAUACAAGAAGCAUACCUGGAGCACUCCCCUUGCUACCGGAACGUUUCGUUGUCGGAAGAUAGAUGCGCCCCGUUCUACAGACAUCUCGUCAAAGUGUCGCAGAAAGUGGACGAAAAGAGGGACGUAGAUCAUCGACUCAGGGAAUCUUGCUGCGCUUUCAAUGAAUUCGUUCUUUGCAAAUAUAUUCAUGUAAACCAGGACUGCGGACAAGAGGCUGCCAUUUUCUUACAGCGACAUUUGGAUCGAAUCUCCAGUCCUCUUCUUCAAGAACAUUGCGCUCACUAUACAUAUACAGCUGGUUCAUGCUCUUCUUCCGGAUCCCCAACAUGCUCACCAUCGUUCCAUUUCCUGCUCAAAAAUGCAAUCGUUCCUAUGGUCACUCCAUGGAUUACAAUGAUAAAGGUUCUUCAGCAGUUUGCAAGAGAUUUGGUUUCAGAAACUAUUAGAGAGAAAACAUUUCUCUAUUUUUUCCUAUGAACAAACUCUCACUCAAUGAAACAGUGCAGUCUAAUGCAUUUUAUUUCACCUUGAUCUAUGAUUCUUCCAAAUGCAAAAAGAAGCAUUUUUAAAAGUAUUCCGCUAUAUUAUAAACCAAAGAACCUCUUCAAAAUUUCAUUUUUUAAUGCUCUGUUUAAAGUUAAAGCUUUUCCUAAUAAUGUACAACUUAAAUUUACUUUGAUCAAUACUGCAUGAGGCAAGUAUCGAUAUUUGUUAAAAUUUAUGCAUUUAACUUUGAUAAUAAUUAAUUACCCCUUUUUGAA